GCCGGAAAAAUUUGUUUCAGACUGAAAGAAUUCGCCGGGGCUCCGUGUUUCUGGCGGAGCGCUGCUUAGAAGGCAACGCUAGGACAGCACGGAGACAAAGAGGAGGGAAAGGAACGAUCCAAUUCCUCGCGAGCAAGGCGAAGGAGAUGGAAAGGCGUGAGAGGAAGAGGCCUCGACCCACCUGGGACGUCCUCCCUUCUCCCCCUUCUCAGGCUCGUCGGGAAGCUGAGGGUGUCAGCCGUUUGGUAGAGCACGGGGAGAGGGGCAGGGUGGAUUGCCGGUUGGCUGUGGCAGAUGCGGGCUCUUCCAGGGCAUCGCCUCCUAUGCGGGAUGAUGAUCGAGAGGGACAUUAUGUGUUUGAUCUUGGAGAGAACUUAACGCCCAGAUAUAAAAUACUGAGCAAGAUUGGUGAAGGCACCUUCGGUCGUGUUCUAGAAUGCUGGGAUCGUGAAGCACGAGAGUAUGUGGCAAUCAAGGUAGUGAGAAGCAUACGUAAAUAUCGUGAUGCUGCUAUGGUGGAAAUUGAUGUCCUUAACCGGCUUACAAAGAACGAUAUCACUGGAUUACACUGCGUACGAAUUCGUAAUUGGUUUGAUUACCGCAAUCAUAUCUGUAUUGUGUGUGAAAAGCUUGGGCCCAGCUUAUUUGAUUUUCUACGGAGAAAUAAAUACAGCCCCUUUCCUGUUGAUCUAGUUCGAGAGUUUGGGCGUCAGCUACUCGAAUCUGUUGCAUAUAUUCAUGAUCUACACCUAAUUCACACCGAUCUGAAGCCAGAAAACAUACUUCUUGUGUCCUCUGAGUAUGUGAAGCUUCCAUGCAGAAAGGUAUUUCAUGUUAUAAGUUCUUCAAGACCCCUGCAGAAUUCACAGGGUGAGAUGCAUUUUAAGUACUUGCCAAAGUCGAGUGCCAUAAAGUUGAUAGAUUUUGGUAGCACAACCUUUGAGAAUGAGGCUCAUAGCUCUGUUGUUUCAACAAGGCAUUACCGUGCACCUGAGGUUAUUCUAGGCUUGGGAUGGACUUAUCCAUGUGAUAUCUGGAGCGUGGGCUGCAUACUCGUUGAACUUUGCUCAGGGGAGACACUGUUUCAAACUCAUGAGAAUUUGGAGCAUUUGGCUAUGAUGGAGAGAGUUUUGGGUCCCUUGCCUGUGCAGAUGGUUAGGAAAGCUAGUCAAUCUGCUGAGAAAUAUUUUCGAAGAGGGACAAGGUUGAACUGGCCAGAGGGAGCAGUUUCUAGAGAGAGCAUCCGAGCAGUCAGGAAACUUGACAGACUGAAGAAUCUGAUAUGCCAGCAUGUGGAUCACUCUGGUGGAGUGCUGACAGACUUAUUACAAGGUCUCCUGGCAUUUGACCCAGCUGAGCGACUGACAGCUCAUGAAGCGCUGAACCAUCCGUUCUUUAAGGGCACUACAUGAGAAAUAAUGUGGUGAUGGAUCUGUGAACAAUCACAAAUUCAGUGAAAAUCACGACGGUCACUCGAUCUUGUCGAAUCUCUUGAUGCAGGCAUUUGUUCUGCUGCAACCAGUUGCUCUUGCACAGGUAGUUGGUCAUACAUAUGCAUGCAUGUGAAUUGCUUGUGGCAAGGGUGAGUGAGCUCGGCAACUGUCCAAGAUGGCGAGUGAAUAAUUAUUUUUGAAGGCAAUCUGCUUAGUCCAUUACACUAGACGGCGUUGUGUUGCUAAGGUUGCAGGUAAAUUGUAUGAUGAACGGUUCAGGCAGCGAAAGAACAAAGUGGACUAGCAGAAGCAUGAUACUGCAGGUGGUUGACAUCUUGUUUCCUGUGCAAAAGAAGAAAAUUGGCGAAGGAAUGCUCUGUAAUGUGUACGCACGCCCACCAUCUGUUAGCAGGAGAAAUUUUGUAACGACGACGAUCAUAUAUCUAAUUGCUUCUGCGCUUGUCGAAUUCAAUA